GGGAAUGGUGAUAAUGGUGACUACAUGCUAUCUAAAAAGUUAUUAAUAACUUAAGCAGGGGGUCCUAAAGCCAUUUCCUCACCAGGCAUUCCAUUCAUUUGCCCUCUGAGACUCAACUCAGGUUUGUGUUAGAGAAAAUAAGGACUUCAGCUCUGUCACUCCAUCUGAUCCUCAGAUUCACUGCUGCACACCUGAACAUUCACUGCCAUGUCAGACACCGAGGAGGUGGUGGAGGAGUAUGAGGAGGAGGUGGAAGAAGAAGAAGCUGAAGCAGGGGAGCAGAGAAUAGAGGAAGACGAGGAGCAGGAGGAUGCAGAGGAAGAGCCUGUGCAGGAAGAACAUGGUGCAGAGGAGGAGGCCAGUGGAGAACAAGAUGGAGAAGAAGAAGCUGAAGAGGGAGAAGCAGAGGAGGAAGCCAAACCAAAAUUCAAGCCAUUUAUCAUGCCAAACCUCAUCCCCCCUAAGAUCCCUGAUGGAGAGAAGGUGGAUUUUGAUGAUAUACAUCGUAAAAGGAUGGAGAAGGACCUGAUGGAGCUUCAGACAUUGAUUGAGGUUCACUUUGAGAGCAGAAAGAAGGAAGAAGAGGAGCUCAUUUAUCUCAAGGAGAGAAUUGAGAAGCGGCGUUCUGAGCGAGCAGAGCAGCAAAGAAUCCGUAGUGACAGAGAGAAAGAGCGCCAAAAGCGUCUUGAGGAGGAGAAAGCUCGUAAGGAGGAUGAGGAAGCCAAGAAGAGAGCAGAGGAUGAUGCUAAGAAGAAGAAAACUCUCACCAGCCUCCACUUUGGAGGCUACAUGCAGAAGUUGACAGAGAAACGGAGUGGAAAGAGGCAAACUGAGAGAGAGAAGAAAAAGAAGAUACUGAGUGAAAGACGUAAAUCUCUGGACAUUGAGAACCUGAGCCAGGAAAAGCUCAAGGAGAAAGCAAAGGAUCUGUGGCAGUGGAUUUACGAGCUGGAGGCAGAGAAGUUUGAACUGCAGUACCAGUUCACCAGACAGAAAUACGAGAUUAAAGUGCUGAGGAACCGUGUCAGUGACCAUCAGAAAACAUCCAAGAGGACCAAGAGAGGCCUGAGGAAAUAGAUAUGGAUGCAUGGAUAGAACAAUGUAACCAUCAGUCCUGUUCUACUGCCUCAAACCAAGCCCCAGCUGCCACACCCCACUCCUGACAGUUUCCCAAAUACCACCACAUUACCAGUUAUAACCAGUUACCCAGUUCAACCUCACUUGACUGGUUCCCCUCUUAUUCUCACCCCUUGAAUUAGCUGUCCUGUGUUUAAGGUGGAAAUAAAACCAACUCAAUUCAAUCUUUCUUCUUGAUCUUUCACA